AUGGAAGGCUUCUCAAUAGUCUCAAAUGGGCCUUCUUUACAUUCCCUUGGAGUUGAAACUGUUGGUGAAUUUCCUCGAAAUGUUUGUUGUAUUGGAAAAUACCAUGUUGAUAAUGGUGCUUGUAAACUUACACAAAAAUGCUUGUUCAAUCAACUUUUCCGUCAUUAUCUGAAGGAUAACUGUUUCAAAGGUGGUGCUCGGCCUUCGCCGGUUUUGGUCUGCGGUCAAAAGCUCGAUUUGUGUAAACUUUUCUUCCUUGUGAAGGAAAGGGGUGGGUAUGCCGAGGUGUCGGCUAAAGGAUUGUGGGGUUCUGUGAUCAAGGAAUUGGGUUUUAACCUUGAAGUUUUUAUACCAGUGAAAUUAGUGUACGACAAGUAUCUCAAUGAUUUUGAAAGGUGGCUCAAGAAAACUUUUGAAGAGAAGAUUUUAAAAAAUGGGAAUCAUGGAUAUGAUUGGGGUUUGAAAUGUUUGUCAUUGGAUAUAGAGAAAGAGUUCAGAGACCUGUUAUGUCCAAAUCUAAAGGACAAAACUGAUGAUGAACUUUUCAUGUCAAAAUCAAAUAAAAAAAAGAAAAACUCUGAUUUGGUUAACGGCAAGAAAGGUAAUAAUCUACCGGACACCAAAGAUCAAAAUAAUAAAUCUGAGGAUGUCCAACACAAUGAAGGUGAUAAUAAUGAAAAAUCCUGUAAUGGAAUUAAGGACAAUCCUGCUACCUUGGGUGCAGAAGGAGCUGACAAGGAAGAUAACCCGCGCAAACGCAAACGGGAUCCAUUAUCCGGCAUGAUAAACUGGAUGAAGCAUAUUGCAAAGCAUCCUCUUGGUCCUUUAACUCAACCGAUACCAAAACCAUCGAAGUGGAAGGAGUACAAAGGCCAGGACUUUUUUGGUCAGUUUCUGAAGGCAAGAGAGGUUCUGUCACUGAGAAAGCAUGAAGAACCAAAUAGUGGAUCGUCUUCUUUGCAGGUAUAA